AUGCUCGAGAAAUUCCAUGUUGUUUAUAAAAAUUUUAAUUUUUCAAAAAAUUAUAUAAAUUUUAAUUUAUAUUGUAAUUAUAACAAGAAUUUGAUAAAACCCUUUACAACUUCCACGAUAUCUCAAAUUACCAAUUCGAUUAAUGCAACUAUUAACUCAAAUUCAAAAGCACAUGGCAAACAUAAACCAUACAUACAGCCAGAUUUCUCUGUGGAUUAUUUAAUAAUAGGUGGUGGGGUUGUUGGAUUAGCUAUAACAAAUCGUUUGUCUUCAACUCGUAAAAACAAAAGGAUUUUAUUGGUUGAGAAAAAUAGUAAAUUAGGUGAAGAAACUAGUUCAAGAAAUAGUGAAGUAAUACACGCAGGGAUAUAUUAUCCAAAUAAUAGCCUAAAAACAAAACUAUGUAUACGAGGAAAACAACUACUCUAUGAAUUAUUAUCCUCAUCCUAUUUAUUACCAUAUAAAAGAAUAGGAAAAUGGAUAGUUGCUCAGAAUGAAGAUUCGCAAAUCAAUUAUUUACAUCAACUGAAAAAAAAAUCAGAUGAUUUGGGUGUAACAACUUAUUUUCUCUCGCAAUCAGAAAUACAAUCUCAAGAACCAUUCGUUAAUGCCAAAGAAGUUUUAGUAUCCCCCACAACUGGUAUAUUUGACUCACAUAAAUUUAUUGAAUGGUUGGAAUGCAAAAUUCUAGAAAAAAAUUAUCAAAAUGAUGAUAACAGUAGUAAUAGUUGCGAUAUAAUCAAAAAAUCUAAAGUUGUAAAUAUCACUGCUGCAGUUAAUGAUGGUGACGGAUAUAUAGUAGAAAUAUUAAAUCCUGACGGUAACAAAACUUAUGUCCACUCAAAAAUAGUAAUAAACAGUGCUGGAUUAUUUUCAGAUAAAAUAGCAAAUUUAUUAAUGCCAAAAGAACAUCAUUAUAAAUUGUAUCAUGCUAAAGGUCAUUAUUACGCUUAUCGAUAUAAUAGCAGUGUAUCAACUGUCAAUAUAAAAGUUAACCAUCUAAUCUAUCCUAUUCCACCAAAAAAUUUGUCAUCUGUUGGAAUACAUUUAACAUUGGAUUUGGCAAAUAAAAUAAAAUUUGUUGUUCAAGCUUAUUUACCUCAUGUUAAAAAGGGAAAUUUGUUUGCUGAUUAUGCAGGAAUGAGGCCAAAACUUCAAGGACCAAAUGAACCAUUUAGAGAUUUUGUAAUUAAAGAAGAAAGUGAGCAUGGUUUAAAUGGAUUUAUAAAUUUGGUUGGUAUUGAAAGUCCUGGGUUGACUUCAUCUCUAGCAAUUGCUGAAAUGAUAGAU